AUUUAAAUUCAGUGCGGCUGCUUCGUAGUCCCUGUGUAGGCUACUUGUACUUGUAGUUGUACUUGUGAGCGGACUUCGAGCAGACGCCUAGACAUGACAACUUACACGGACAAAGGUGAAAAGCAUGACCAGGGCAGGUUCCUCUGCUUCGACCACAUCACUUUCUGGGUCGGCAAUGCCAAACAGGCUGCAUCCUACUACUGCAACAAACUGGGCUUUGAGCCUCUGGCCUACAGGGGCCUGGAGACCGGGAGCCGCGACGUCGUGUCCCAUGUGGUCAAGCAGGGGAAGAUCAUCUACGUUUUCUCCUCAGCUCUGAACCCAGGGAAUAAAGAGAUGGGAGAGCACCUGGUGAAUCAUGGUGAUGGGGUGAAGGACAUCGCCUUCACCGUCGAGGACUGUGACUUCCUCGUGAAGAAAGCCCGAGAGAGAGGGGCCAGUAUCAUGAAGGAGCCUCAUGUGCUGGAGGAUAAAUUUGGAAAAGUGAAGCUUGCUGUACUGCAGACGUAUGGGGACACAACACACACGUUUGUGGAGAGGAUGGGCUACAGUGGACUCUUCUUGCCAGGCUUCAAGGAGCCACUCUUCUGUGAUCCUUUACUGGAGCAGCUGCCUGCUGGGAAGCUCAACUUUAUUGAUCACGUUGUGGGAAACCAGCCUGAUGAUGAGAUGGUGCCUGUUGUUGAAUGGUACCAGAGGAACUUGCUGUUCCACCGGUUCUGGUCAGUGGAUGAUAAGCAGCUGCAGACGGACUUCAGUGCCCUGCGCUCUAUUGUGGUGGCCAAUCACGAGGAGACGGUCAAGAUGCCCAUCAACGAGCCGGCCAUGGGCAAGCGCAAGUCACAGAUACAGGUGAGAUACUACGGCGUCCAGGGUGUCCAGCACAUCGCCAUGAACACCUCGGACAUCAUCGCGGCCAUCCGUAACCUGAAGGCUCGUGGCAUGGAGUUCAUGUGUGUCCCCGACACCUACUACCAGCAGCUGAAGGAAAAUCUGAAGCACUCCCAGGUCCGCAUCGAAGAGGACCUGAGCGUCCUAGAGGAGCUAAAGAUCUUGGUGGACUAUGAUGACCACGGCUACCUGCUGCAGAUCUUCACCAAGCCUGUACAGGACAGACCGACUGUCUUCCUGGAGGUUAUCCAGAGACACAACCACCAGGGCUUUGGGGCUGGAAACUUCAAGUCUCUGUUCGAGGCCAUCGAGUCUGACCAGAACGCAAGAGGCAACCUUACCAUUUUAACUCCAAAUGGCCUGUCCGAAAAACUCUGAAACUUACACACACACACAUGGACGCACAAAGGCAUGUUCACAUAAAAUACACUCACACUCUCUCUCACACACACACACACGUACGCACAAAGGCAUGUUCACAUAAAAUACACUCUCACAUGAAGUGCAUAUAUUACAUACAGAUCAUACACACAUACGAUACACACACACACACACACUCUUACCCACACACACACAUACAGAUCUACACAUAUGAUACACACACAAACACACACACUUGUGUUCCAUAUGAUACACACACACGCACACACACACACUCUUAUCCACACACAAAGACACACACACACUUGUGUUCCAUAUCCAUACAGAUCUACACAUACGAUACACACACACACACACACACACGUGUUCCAUUUGGCCAAAGAGAAAUAUGCACAUCAAUGCAAUCAAAUGCAGUAUUAACACAUAUAUACUGGAUAUGAAGUGAUGAUUUUGAACAUGCAUAUGUAUUAACACAUAUAUACUGGAUAUGAAGUAAUGAUUUUGAACAUGCAUAUGUAUUAACACAUAUAUACUGGAUAUGAAGUAAUGAUUUUGAACAUGCAUAUGUAUUUGUAAAUCCAUUCCCAAGCUCUCAGACUAUUUUAGGUAGAUAUUCAGUGUUACUGUUAUCCAAAUAACAUUGAACAAAACCUCUUUUUCACAGUUAGUAUACCCCAUUAGUUGGUGAAUAUUAUACUAUUUGAUGUUCUGUACCUUCAUAGCUUCAAUACUUUCAUGCAUAUUUUAUGCACAUUUUUCAUCAAAUUUAAUUAGUCAAUGAUUCUUUGUAUGAUAUUGCUUUCUUUUAUGUUCUGUUACCCUCUGCACAGACACAACACAUGACUGUUACUAGGGUAACACUGUUUACUCUGCAGCCACAACACAUGACUGUUACUAGGGUAACACUGUUUACUCUGCAGCCACAACACAUGACUGUUACUAGGGUAACACUGUUUACUCUGCAGCCAGAACACAUGACUGUUACUAGGGUAACACUGUUUACUCUGCAGCCACAACACAUGACUGUUACUAGGGUAACACUGUUUACUCUGCAGCCAGAACAUAUGACUGUUACUGGGGUAACACUGUUUACUCUGCAGCCAGAACACAUGACUGGGGUAACAACACUGUUUACUCUGCAGACAGAACACAGAGACUAUUACUGGGGUAACAACACUGUUUACUUUGCAUCCCAAACCCACAUGCUAAUCGUCAUGUAGUCAAGGGAAACUGUCCGCUAUGUAAGCACCUAGUGAAUUCAUGGGCCGUUUAGCCUGUAGAAUACAUUAAGAUCUCAUUAAAAACAAAAACUGAUGGGAAACAUCUUCAA